AUCCGCAUAAAUUCUAGAAGAAAAUAAAUAUAACCAUUACUCUUCUAUAUACUAGAUUUUCCAAAUUAUUUUUUUUCAAAAAAAAAAACGCUUUUAUUUUGAUCGAACAUCAGCUAAUGAUUCUGUAAGGAGUCCAAGUGGAAACACACUGUUGAUUGAUACAAUUACGACCCCAUUUUGACUACCUGGAAUCCCCAAAAUAAUCGGACUCUCCUUAAGCUUACCUGUUGAUGUUUUCGCUUAUCAUAUCUGAUCGAACCUAAUCAACAUAUUUCGGUCAUUAAUUCCUGAUAGAUUGAAAGGUAAACGACGGGUUAGUAAUUCGAACCGCACUCUAAAUUACCUUUCUAGUUAUCUUUGAAUUUUCCAGUUAGCUAAUCAAAACAUCAAAAUAAUUCCCAUACCUCAGAGCAGGCUACAACAACUACAAUACUAUUAUACUAUUAGACUACAAUUUAAGUCAAUUCAAAGGGUGUCGGUGUUGUCGCCUACUUAUUGUACAGAGAAAAUAAAGGAAAAACAACCGCGGAUAAAUCCAUUUUUCGGCUUAAGAGUACAAAAGAGAUUGCACUUUGGAAGAAUACCUGUUCUUGUUGAAAGAAUCGGGAAUAUACCUACCUGUGGUUCAUUGGCCAAUCAGAAUCGAGUAUUGCGAAGUCGUAAUUCUAUUGGUCUGGCGUGUUUAUGAUAUGUUUAAAGCAUAGAGAGGCUUGUUGAAUUCUGAUUUGACAAGAUAGAUCUAACUGCUCGCCGCCCGAAGGGAGAAAAAAGCAGAAGAACAGAGUAUCACACAAAAGCUUCAUACAAUCCUGCACAGAACCAUAAACCGGAUCCAGACUUUUUCAAAAAUUAUAUUGCCAGCUCUGAUCAGCUCUAAAACUCGUUUACAACCACAUUUAUAGCCGCAAUUCUGGUCUGUAACGGCCAUUACGUUGUAAAUUUGAUAUAAUAUUCGCAAUAAAAUGCAUCUCGACGGUGGUAAUUCCGAAGUCAUCGACAGUAUGAGCCGGGAAUCCAUCCAGACCGGCUGGAUCCAUCACCUAGCACACAACUUCUCCAAUGUCGCGUCCAGUGCACUCGUCAACAACCCGGCCGGCAACUACCCGGGAUCCGGAUCCACCAUACCCGGACUGUCCGGCAACACUCAUCACUCGUUGAAGUUCGCAGCCGACCAUCACAGUCCGACAGGGUUGAAACUCCACUCGGAUCAUAGCCCAGUCGACCCGAACAACCCUCACUCGCAGUUCACCGAGCUCCGAACAGCGGCUCAGAAUGCAGCCUCGGUCGACGCCGCCGGAGCCUGGCCACCGACCAUGCCCAACUCCUACUUGGCUGUUGCGGCCGCGAGUCAUAACCAGGCGACUGGCAUGAUGCACCCGGCCUCUCGCAACUCGUUCGCUGCGUCGGCUGUUCACCCGAAUGCAUCGUGGGCGCACGCCAGGAAUGCGUACGGCACGCAAUUCACAUCCGCUGAACAGGUUGCGGCCGCGUACAGAGGAUGCAACCUGAACAUAAUGAAUGCCGUGGUUGCGGGAGGAGACGCCGCAGCCGCACAACACCACCACAACUCCACCGCCGCAGCAGCCGCAGCCGCCAUGCACGCCAUGCCAUUCUACAUGACACACCCGGCAGCCGGAAACCCCAUGGCACCAGGCGGACAUCCAGGGGUACAUCCGGGUCAAAACCCAUUCGUCAGUCCACACCAUCCCUAUGCUGCAUCAGUCGCGGCAGCGGAGAUGUACGGGGAUCACUCCAGUUCAACUUUCAGAUAUAACCCAACAACCGGAAAGACAAGAACAAAAGACAAAUAUCGAGUUGUCUACACCGACCGUCAACGAGCCGAACUCGAGAACGAAUUCCGAAGUGCGCAAUACAUCACCAUCCGACGCAAGUCCGAACUGGCCAUGCAAGUCGGCUUAAGCGAGCGACAAGUUAAGAUCUGGUUCCAGAACCGACGAGCUAAGGAACGAAAGGUGUCCCGAAAGGUUCCUGGAGGCGGGAAUCACAGUUCUUCAGACAUCGAAGACUCCGAUAAUGAAAUAGACGAUGAAGAUGAAGAAAACCAGUUAAGGUCACCUGCUAAACACCAAUCAUUAUCACCUGGUUCCCAAAACACAUGUCAUAACGGUGUUCAGUUACCUCUAAUCAAAAGCGAAAACAAUAGCUUACUACGGCCGCCUUCGAAUGAGUUAUACGGGGCGAAGAUGUCAUGAUAAUUACGUAAUCAUCAACGCAAUAGUUACGUAAUGGUCGGUACUUCAUAAACCUUUCUUCGUUGAAAUGAGGACAACUUUUAGCUCAUAAACCUCAAUCAGAGAACGUUUUACAGAGAACUAUUUUUGUACGAUAUCACUGCAACCCUAUAUUGUAAUCAAUUUACCUGCUGGCGGAAAAAGUUGAACAAAGCCUGUUUUUUUUCAAACCACUUCAGCGAUUGCUCAAGAAACUGAACUUUUUUCAGAGCACCGCUUCUGACGAACAUAGGCCAGAAGCCAAGUAAUAAUUUUCGGCUGACCGCAAGAUUAGAAAUUUCAACCUCCUUAAAACUUGUACACAGUUUCAAGUUUAAUGAAAUUCUUGAAAUUAGACAUACAGACUUUAAAGGGUGGAUUUCACAAAUUCGAUUCUGAAAUUGGAAUGAAAGGAAGAUCUUGAUUUGUCAGAUUAGAGUCGGUUAUUUGAAGUUCGAGGAACCUGAGAACCCUGUUUUCCUUCACUCAACGUGGGGAGAUCUAGUCUGGAGUUUUCAAUAGGGUUAACUUGACUCAAUUUUGUCGCAAACAAUAGUAAAGAAGAAACGGGAGCGAGUUAUGCGAGAUACUUGGAAAUCUGAUUUGACGAAUUUAAAAGAAAGAGACUUGACUUGGGGUUUGAGAGCUGAUCUGGGGUUCCAAUUUGGGUGCUGAGAUUUGAGCGGAUUCUUUCUUUUGACUGGGUUUAAGUUGGUCGUUUGAUAUGGAUACCCAAAAGUAGAUCAAACGGGAUUGUUUUGUCGCAGCUGGGGUUCUUGGCGGAUCAUGGCGAAAGGUGAUUAGGAUCUGGGUUGUUUUAGAUGAAGUUUAAUUCGAUUAGAGUCUGAAACGCCAGUCGUAAAUUGGAUUCGAGAACACUUCACAGCUCAGUCGCCGCAGCCACGCAGCUGGAAAUCUUAGAGUGAAUAAAUGUACAUUCAAAUAAAAACAACAAAAACAAACUUAAACCAACUCAAACAAGUCGUACAAUUCCAGCUUACAACUUGGAAAUUUUUCAAUAAAUUUACAAUACACAAUUAAAGUACCAGCCACAGGUAACAGGAAGCAUUUGUGGCGCAGACGAAAAUCGGAGAUAAAAUUUACAACGCCGACUGAAUGAAAGGCGAGUUUGAAUGACACUUGAAUUUCACACUGGAACGUUACAAAUAAAUAUGCGAAGACUAACACACUGUUCGCCUGCACCGCAAUCUAAUUUAUGAUCCAACUCCAAAGUCGAUUUAGGUCUGUUUGAACCCUGUGAAAUACUUGUGAAAUACCUGCAAUGUGCUGUCUCCCCUUCCCGGAAACAAACAUCGUCAACACUUAUACCCCAAUUUGCAAAACAGAAGAAACUCAUACCCAAAAGUGCGAAGCCAGAAGAAAUUUAUGUCCUGGGUUCCGAAAACACAGGUGUGUACAACUUAUCAGCUCGGUUGGACCUAAUUCGACCCACCUGGGCUAAACUGAAGGGUCUAUGAAGAAAUGAAGGAUAUCCCUGAUUUUCACCCCCCGUGUCAGAAUUGAGUGGAGAAAUCUGAAGAUUAAACUAUCGACGGGAUCUCUUCUUGAGAUUACUCAUUUCAAAUAUUGAAACUAACUCAACUAUCAACUUUAAGUGCAAUAUACAAACGAGAUCUAAACUGGAUCGAAAAACUACCAGCUUUAAUCAACAGCAGUCUGCAAAAAAAUAGCAAACGUGCCCUAAAAUUGAUGAAAGAUCUGUAAAAUAGCAUUUUUACACAAUGAGGCCAAGAAAAGAAGUUCAACUGAAGGUUUUCCAUUGGAGGUGAAAAAAAAACAUCUGCAACCAAGCAUUCCAUUCGAAACAUCGAAACAAACUCUCUGAUCAUUUCAAACUGAUGUCCGUUUAAUGGUUAAUUAAUUAAAAUAAUAAAGCAUAAGCAUUUGCUUAAAAAUUCAUUUUAUACGGCUAUAGAAUCAUUUUUAAGUCCUAUUUCUACUCUCUUUUUCUU